AUGGAUAAGAAGCAGUUGGAGGAGAGAUUAAUUGCAGAAGAAGAAGAUGAUUUGAAAAAAAGAGUUUGGAAUGAAUCAAAGAGGAUAUGCAAAAUAGCAAUCCCAUCAAUAAUGACAAGGGUAGCUUCAUUCGGGAUGGUGGUAGUGACACAGUCAUUUCUUGGUCAUAUUGGUGAUGUUGAGCUCGCCACUUAUGCACUCAUUCAAAGCAUUUUUGUCAGGUUCAUGCAUGGGAUACUGAUGGGCAUGUCGAGUGCAACCGAAACUCUAUGCGGGCAAGCAUUUGGUGCAGGGCAUCAAAACAUGAUGGCGAUUUACCUGCAACGAUCAUGGAUCGUCGAUGGCAUUACGGCAACACUAAUGGUACCUCUAUUCAUCUUCGCGACUCCGAUUAUCCGGUUCCUCGGCCAGGAGGAGGAGCUCGCGGUCAAGGCCGGUCCAAUCUCUCUAUGGUUCAUCCCAACCAUCUAUAGCUUUGUCGUUUCCAUGACUACCUCGAUGUUCCUACAAGCACAACUCAAGAACUUGAUCGUGGGAUGGCUAUCGAUGGCAUCGUUUGUCAUUCACGUGUUUUUGUCGUGGGUGUUUGUGAUCAGGUUUAAGUGGGGCGUGAAUGGAGCAAUGGCAGCCGUGAAUAUGUCCGGUUGGAUAAUGGUUGUGGGGCAGUUGGUGUAUGUGAUUGGAGGGUGGUGCCCUAAUACAUGGACUGGCUUUUCUAAUGCUGCUUUCUUAGAUAUGUUCUCUAUUUUGAAGCUCUCCAUAUCAUCUGGUGUCAUGAUUUGCUUGGAACUAUGGUAUUAUUCCAUCCUCGUCUUAAUGGCUGGCUACACCAAAAAUGCAACCGUCGCCAUUGAUGCUUUCUCCAUCUGGUAA